AUGGUGCCCGCUCGCCCCAACGUGCCUGCUGCUGGGACCCCCAGAAGUAAAGUGAAAUACUCAGCGCUCCCCAGCUCUGAGGGUGGGCGCAUGGACCCUCAGGAGAAAACACCACAGGCUGAAGGUUGCUGUCCAUCCCAAAGAUGCCCAGGUGCGGCGGGACCGCGCUGGAUGGAGUUGCAGGAAAGCCCUGCCAAGACCCCUUACAGGGCGCUGGCCUGCUUCACGCUGCAGUUUCUGGUGGGCGCUUUCCUGGCCACCGCCGGCUGCCUCAGCCCCGUAGGGCCCCGCCGGGCCCGUGGCCGUGCUGAUCGUGGGCAUCCUGGUGCUGCUGCCCGGGUCCUACCACCUGCUCUUCGCUUGCAAAGCGAAGAGGCUGCCAGGGCUACUCCUUCCAGGACCUUCCCGACUGCGGGGACGAGCGGAGCUGGAAUCCAUGGCGAAGGAUUGAGGAGUUCUCUCAUUUUGCAGCUGCUGGCAGAAAGAUGGCCAGAUUUUGUAAAUCCCUACCCAGAAUGUUCAUUGAACUUACAAUGA